AUAAAAAUUUUCAUUAUUUAUUACAAGAAGCAAAAUUGGCAAAAUAUGUAGGCCAAAACGGUUAUAACUAAAACGGUAAAAAAAAAGGAGCAAUUACCGAGAGGGGCACAACUGUAACUAUUUUGAUUUUUGAAUUAAAAAUACAGCAAGUGCAGUGAAAGCCAGAAAGCCUCCUUGAAUCGCGUCGUCUCCACCAAAUUUCCCUAAAUUGAACUCCAAAAAACCCUAAUUAACUAACUUUCCCUCUCCUUCUCACCAGCUCCUCAAUCGUAAAAGCAAACGCAAUCAAUGUCUGAGACGCCGGAGACAGCCCCGAACCUGCUGAUUUCGCCGACUAGCUCACGCUCCGUCACCGAGACGAUAAACGGCUCGCACCGCUUUGUGAUCCAGGGCUACUCCAUGGCCAAAGGAAUGGGCGUCGGCAAGCACAUCGCCAGCGAUGAUUUCACCGUCGGAGGCUAUAAAUGGGCGAUUUACUUUUACCCCGACGGUAAAAACCCCGAGGACAAUUCGACUUACGUCUCGGUUUUCAUCGCGCUGGCCAGCGAGGGGACCGAUGUGCGGGCGCUGUUCGAGCUGACUCUUGUUGACCAGAGCGGGAAAGGGAAGCAUAAAGUGCAUAGCCAUUUCGAUAGGUCACUUGAAAGUGGGCCUUAUACGCUUAAGUACCGCGGCAGUAUGUGGGGUUACAAGCGCUUUUUUAGGAGAGCCAUGCUUGAAACUUCAGAUUAUCUCAAAGAUGAUUGCCUGAAGAUCAACUGUACUGUUGGGGUUGUGGUUUCUGCCAUCGACUGUUCAAGGUUACAUCCAAUUCAGGUUCCAGAUUCUGACAUUGGAUCAGAUUUUGGUAUGCUACUGGAAAAUAUGGAAGGUUCUGAUGUUACUUUUAAUGUGUCCGGGGAGAAAUUCCAUGCGCACAAGUUGAUAUUGGCUGCCCGCUCUCCUGUUUUUUGUUCUGAAUUGUUUGAAGAACUGGAUAGCAAUGGACAAGAUAUUACGGUGUCAGACAUGGAACCUAAAGUUUUUAAGGCAAUGCUGCACUUUGUAUAUAGAGAUGCCUUGGAUGAAGAUGAGAUGAUAGCAUCUAGUUCUUCUUCUCCCUCAAUAACUGACACUUUAACUGCAAAGUUGUUAGCUGCUGCUGAUCGUUAUGAUUUAGGAAGACUGAAGCGGAUGUGUGAAUCACAUCUUUGCAAGGACAUAUCUGUAAAUUCUGUUGCACGUAUACUUGCUUUGGCAGAUCGUUUUCAUGCUGCAGAAUUGAAACCAAUUUGCCUUAAAUUUGCGGCUGAGAACCUGGCAGCUGUUAUGCGCUCUGAUGGUUUCGAGUACCUUAAAGAGAACUGCGCAGCUCUGCAGUCUGAACUCUUGAAAACCGUGGCUGGCUACGAUGAGGAUUGUAGCAGCGGUGGUGGCAAGUCGAGAAGUGUAUGGGGCCAGCUCUCUGAUGGUGGUGAUACCAGCGGCAGGAGAGUAAGGCAAAGGACUUGAUAAGAAGAUGCAUCUUGUUGUGUGUAAUGGAAUACCAUGUACUAUAUAUACCUGUAUACGGUAAGUGUAAUUCAUAACCAUUGAAAUUUCAAUGUUUUUUAGUUUGUCAUUAUGUUGUCUGUAGUAUUACAUCCUCCAUUCAGACAAGGAAUUUGUUCAGUCACCGAUUCUAAAUUUCUAAUUCCAUCAAUACUUUUUAAAUCGAGAUAUUAUUUUAUGUA